AUGGUGGAUAUUAUUUUUCCUUCCCCUUUUGGAGGCGCGAUGGGGGAUCACGCCAAAAAGAAAGCGGGGACCGCCACGUGCGUGGGCUGCGGGAGCGAAAUCCACGACCAGUACAUCCUGAAGGUCUCGCCCGACCUGGAGUGGCACGCGGCCUGUCUGAAGUGCGCGGACUGCAGCCAAUACCUGGACGAGACCUGCACCUGCUUCGUGCGCGACGGGAAGACCUACUGUAAAAGAGAUUACAUCAGGUCCAUGACUUUGGACCUGGUGGCCUACCUCGCAGGGCUGUCGUUGGUGAAAGGAGGGGGUCCGCUGGGCAUCUUGGCCUCCGGAGGAAAGGAGGCCUGGACCACCCUCCUUCUUUCCGCAGACGCGGUGCCCGGGCGGCAGCCCUCGCUGCGUUCCCACGUGCACAAGCAGGCGGAGAAGACGACCCGGGUGCGGACGGUGCUCAACGAGAAGCAGCUUCACACGCUGCGCACCUGCUACGCGGCCAACCCGCGGCCGGACGCGCUGAUGAAGGAGCAGCUGGUGGAGAUGACCGGGCUGAGCCCACGCGUGAUCCGCGUCUGGUUCCAGAACAAGCGCUGCAAAGACAAGAAAAAGUCCAUCCUCAUGAAACAGCUGCAGCAGCAGCAGCACAGCGACAAGGCAAGUUUGCAGGGCUUAACUGGGACGCCCUUGGUUGCUGGCAGCCCCAUCCGCCACGACAGCGCCGUGCAAGGCAGCGCGGUAGAGGUGCAGACGUACCAGCCCCCCUGGAAAGCUCUCAGCAAUUUUGCUCUGCAGAGCGACUUGGAUCAGCCUGCCUUCCAGCAACUGCUCUCCAUUUCUGAAUCCGGCUCCUUAGGCAACUCAUCGGGCAGCGACGUCACCUCUUUAUCGUCCCAGCUCCCCGAUACCCCCAACAGCAUGGUUCCUAGUCCAGUGGAAACGUGA